UUUUCAAAAUAACUCCCACACGUUCUUCACGUCCGAGUCGACACUGUCCGUAAAGUGCAUUUCCUUAUUUUCUUUACAAAAAAAAACUUCUCCCGGUCGCUCUUUCUGCGGUCUGCACGAUGUGAUUCAGGGCACGAGCGCACAAAAAAGUCUUCCAUGUCCGAAAAGCAAAAAGAGAGACGGAGAAAGAUUGAAGCUCUGCAGCUGGGAUCUCGGAUGCGUCUGCGGGACAGUGUGUGUAAAGGUUGGAGUUGAAAGGCUGGGGGAAAAGAACAGACGAGAAAAAGGACUUCUUUUGCAAUCUUUGUUUUUUUUUUUUAAUUCAAGAAGGACCCAAAAAACAAGACAUCAAGCUGGCUCACUCUCUCCCGGCACACACCGCGCUGACAGCCGCUCUUCAGCCCCUCUGGAGGAGCGUCACCGGGAAGCGCAUGGCUUCCGAGCUGGCGCUGAGCUCCACCGAGCUGCCCACCAGCCCUCUCGCCAUGGAGUACGUCAACGAUUUCGACCUGAUGAAGUUCGAGGUGAAGAAGGAGCCGGCGGAGACCGAGCGCGUCGGCUUGACCCAGUGUGGGCGCCUGCUCGCCGGAGGCUCCCUGUCUUCUACGCCGAUGAGCACGCCGUGCAGCUCGGUGCCGCCCUCUCCGAGUUUCUCGGCUCCUAGUCCCGGUUCAGGGGGCGAGCCCAAAGCUCACUUGGAGGACUUUUACUGGAUGGGUAGCUACGCGCAACAUCAACAACAUCAACAGCAGCAGCAGCAGCAGCAGCAACAACAUCAGCAGCAUCCACAGCAGCAGCAGCAGCAAGCGCCGUUAAACGCGGAGGCGCUCGGGUUCGGAACGGAUGACGCCAUGGAGGCGCUGAUCAGCAGCGCGCACCAGCUGCACGCCUUCGACGGCUACGCGCGGGCGCAGCAGCAGUUCCCCGCCGCAGAAGAAGUCGGACCGGCCGCCGCCGUGGUUUCAGCCGUGAUCGCCGCCGCCGCGACGGCUCCUCACCACCACCACCACCACCAUCAUCACGGCAGCAGCGCGCAUCCAUCCGGCGCCGCGAGCAACCACAGCCAUAACCAUCAUCAUCAUCACCACCAACAGCAGCAGCAACAGCAGCAGCAGCACGGACACGGACACGCGCACGGGCACGCCGAGGAGCGCUUCACGGACGAGCAGCUCGUCACCAUGUCGGUGCGCGAGCUGAACCGGCAGCUGCGCGGCGUGAGCAAGGAGGAGGUGAUCCGCCUGAAGCAGAAGCGGCGGACGCUGAAGAACCGCGGCUACGCGCAGUCGUGCCGCUUCAAGCGCGUGCAGCAGCGGCACGUGCUCGAGGGCGAGAAGACGCAGCUGCUGCAGCAGGUCGAGCACCUCAAGCAGGAGAUCGCGCGCCUGAUGCGCGAGCGCGACGCGUACAAGGAGAAGUACGAGAAGCUCGUGGGCAGCGGCUUCCGCGAGAACGGCUCGAGCAGCGACAACAACCCUUCGUCGCCGGAGUUUUUCAUGUCCACCAGAAAGUUCCUUCACCUGUGACUGUGACCACGCCCCCAAAGCCCCGCCCUGAAGAAUGAGAUUCAAACCUGGCAACCCGAGCGGCGAGCGAUGAGAUGUGUGGCCCAGGGCUUCCCGAAAAAGCACAACAGCGCCCGUGUAGAUGCUCCUCCUUCACUUCCUGCACCUCCAGGCUCAACUCUUUGAUGCCUUGUUCUACCUCCAGGCCUUUCCUCCUUUAUUACACCUCCAGCAACUUUUUUUUUCUAUAGAUGGAGAACCUGCAAGAGAGAAAGAGAGAGACGCUGGAGGUCAUGUUUUCUCUUCGGGUGGGAAAAAAACAGCAUGUUAUUGUAAUUAGCGUGACUGUCUUCCAGUAGAGGCAACCCUUUACCGCGUCGCUUGGAUGGCUUCAUGACUAGCGCCGGGUUUUUAUAUUCUUAAAGACAUAAUGUCUUCCGCGAUCUGUGGAAAAGAAAAGAGAGCGCACGGACCAUGACUAGCCGAGGUCGUGUAAAUCCAUCGGAUUAAAUCUAAGAUAUAUUUUUCAAAGUUGUGCCAGAAAUGACAGAUCUCACGGAUAAGAAGGAAAGAGUACAGAGAAACGAUUUGAACGUUCAUUUUUCUCCAAAAAGACUAAGCUAUUCUGAAUAUACGAGUUCUUCCUCCUCCUUCGCCUUCGUCCCUUCUCUAUUUCUGUGAGCAGAGGAUGGGACGUGAUCGUACGUGACCAUUCAUGCUGGACAUGAUCGUCUCCCCGGCUUUGGGAACUUUUUCCGCCCUGUCGAACACGUGCAAGUUUUCCGUGUAGCAGAUAUAUAUCGCUGUCCGAUCUGCGAUCCCACGCCUGAGCGCAAAUUAGGCAGGCAAUGCAGAUCAGGUAGCAACGAUGCUGCCUGAUUUGUGUUGAAGUUUUAGAUUCAAUCCGAACACAGAAUCUGACACAAAACUGUCACAUGCAAAAAUAAACAUUGAAUAAAUAAAUAAGCUUCCAGUCCAAAAGGCAUAAAAUAUCACAAAUUGGGCUUUUAGUUCUGACCAAUAAGCAUCAUUUUGCGAACAACCAAGAUAAUCGAAACAAAAUACAAAAAAUCUAUUUACUCAGUGUUUUAUUAGUUUCUCAGACGUUCAAUCCAAAAUAUGACACCUAAUUUUAUUCUGAAUUUUAAAUCAGUCAAAUAUUCCAAUUAAUUAAUAACAAUUAGUUGCGUUCAUUGACGCUAAUCAGGUACCACAUCUGUACCUGAUUAGUCAGCAGAUCAGGCAGCGUCGUAAAACAUGCACGAGAGUUAAAGUGGAGCUUCACACAUGAUAAAGAUCUUCAAGUGGACGGUCUGAAGAAUUGCUCAUGGACGUGGCGGCACGAAUCCGGGUUAAACCCUGUAGACAAACCCACGGUGAGGAGCUUCAUCAUAAUCACCAGCUGGUUGAAGCUCAUCUUCAGCUUCAGCUCGGGCCGAGAGCUACACACACACCGCACAAAGGGAAAGGGACAACACAGGGCUGGCUUUUGUACAUAAUGUAAAUGUAGUGUGUAUAGAAACGUGCAUGCUGCCGUGUAGAUCCAAGGACACUGACGAGUUCAAUUAGAGCAAAGAAGGACCCGGAUUUAUAGUCCUAUAAAAUCUUCAAAUCCAUCACUGAGUUUGACAUUUUACACACUCGGGGUAGUGUGUUUGCUUUGAUAUUUCUUUUUCUUUUCUUUCUUUUGC